CGGGGACACGCAGCCUUGACACGCGUCCGAGGGGCUCAGGAACCGUGAGUGGGUCUGUGUGUGUGCAUUUCUGUGCGUGUGUGCGCGGGUCUGCGCAAAGCAGGAGCGUCCCCUGGGACGGGGGCGUCAGCACAGGUUGCCAGCACGGAGGGCAGGCGGGAGCGCGGACAGAGACGGGACACGGGCAGGGAGCUGAGCCGGACGCGGAGCACGGGGCGAUGCUGCGAGCUCAACAACUUCCCCGCACCCAAGUGUGACAGGAGCCGGCGGCAGCCACCUGCUUCACGGGGGAGUGAUUCGGGUGACCCAGGGAUUGCACAUCUAUAAGUGGGGAGACCUCAGGAAGCCGCUGGGUCCAUCUUGCAUUUCCCGAGAUGAUCCCGGACAAGCGGGUGCAGCACAGGCUCCCGUGCCGGACAGUGCUGGGGCGGCCGCGGGGCUGAUCGAUGCUUUACUCACCACCGAGGCCACGCAAAUGACAAAUGCCGGAGUUGCGAAGGCUGCCGGAGGGGCAGGAGACGCCUGUGCCGCCCUCCCCUGGGACUCCCAGAGUCAAUAGAGUUUAUUACCUUAACGUUAUUUCCUCUCUGUGAAGGGCAGCUUUUUGGCAGUGCUGCUUUGUAGAUAAGGAGCCAGCCGAGCCAGCCCCUGGCAGGGGCAGGGUCUCGGCACCGCGAUUUGCUUGGCCAGCGGCGGGAAAGGAAGCCCCUGGCACACCCCCGGCUCACCCUCCAGCCUCUCAGCUGACAGAGGACAAGAGGGAGAAGGUGAAUAAAGGCAGGCGGCUUCUCCGAGCUGAGCUCCGAGGGGAAAGCAGCGGCAGGAUUUCAUUUGCCUGCCUCUUAAGGCAGUGAAGUCUCCAUACCCUCCCACGCUCCCUCCCCAGCCUGACCCUGUCCGGCGCAGGGGUGGUGGGACCUCAGCGUUCAUCUGGAGUUUCCCAACAAGCUCCAUGAAUCCCUAUGUCAACUGCUCCAGUUCUGAGUUCCCCCUGCCCCAGCAAGACUUCCCUGUGGAGCCCAUCAGCCCUGAUCUCAGCAACAGGACACACCCAGAGACCUUGUUCGACCCUAAGGAUGCCAACCUGACAGAGGAGCAGCUGCGGGAUAAGUACCUGGGACCUCGACGGUCCAACUUCUUUGUGCCAGUCUGUGUCAUCUACCUGCUGAUCUUCUUGGUGGGGGCUGUGGGCAACACGCUCACCUGCAUCGUCAUCCUCCGGCACCGGUUCAUGAGGACACCCACCAACUACUACCUGUUCAGCCUGGCCGUGUCUGACCUGCUGGUGCUGCUGCUGGGGAUGCCACUGGAGCUGUACGACAUGUGGAGCAACUACCCCUUCCUGCUGGGGGCCAGCGGCUGCUACUUCAAGACGCUGCUCUUUGAGGCCGUCUGCUUUGCCUCCAUCCUCAACGUCACGGCCCUGAGUGUGGAGCGCUACAUCGCUGUGGUACACCCGCUCAAAGCCAAGUACGUGGUGACCAGGAACCACGCCAAGAGGGUCAUUGUCACCAUCUGGGUCUUGUCAGUCGUCUGCUCCAUCCCCAACACCAGCCUCCAUGGGCUGCAGCCUCUCUACGUGCCAGGACGGGGGCAGGUGCCUGAUUCAGAGAUCUGCACCCUGGUGAAGCCACGCUUGACCUACAAUCUCGUCAUCCAGAUCACCACCAUCAUCUUCUUCUUCCUGCCCAUGGGGACCAUCAGUGUCCUCUACCUUCUUAUUGGCCUGCAGCUCAAGAAAGAAAAGAUGCUGGAAGCCUUGGGAGCCAAGACCAGCAGCAGCCGCAGCUGCCACAACACCCAGGGGCAGAAGAAAGUCAAGAGGAGGCAGGUCACAAAGAUGCUGUUUGUGCUGGUGGUGGUGUUUGGGAUCUGCUGGGCUCCCUUCCACACUGACCGCCUUGUCUGGAGUUUUGUCUCUACCUGGACCAGCAACAUGCUCCACAUGUUCCAGUAUGUCCACAUCAUCUCAGGUGUAUUCUUCUACCUGAGCUCAGCUGCCAACCCCAUCCUCUACAACCUGAUGUCCACCCGCUUCCGGGAGAUGUUCAAGGAGGUGAUGUGCCGGCCCGGCCACCGCCCGCCGUGGGCACGGAAGUACUCGCCCAGCGUCACCCGCACGACCACCCGCAGCACCGAGUGCGAGCCCCUGCCCGGCACCAGCGGGCUGCGCCUCUCUGACGCCAAGGAGUACGAGCUGGAGGACAUGGACAGGGGCCAGGCCACCACCCACGCAGUGUCCCUCUGCUGAAGAGUGGGAGGACAGGGAAGGACUGCGACCAGCCUUCCUCACCACCAGCAUCCAUCUGACUGUGGCACUCAUCCUGUGGUAGGGAGCGAGGCAGGAGUGAUGGAGGGAUUGCUGCCUCUCUGUGCUGUCCCACUGGGAUGGAAAGGCUGGUUGUAUCAGCAGCACUGCUCCAGGGACACAGUGGCAGUGGCCUUGCUGUGGUCUGCAUGCACUGUAAUGCAUCCUACUGUCCUCAGCACCAGGCCUGGCCAAGGCCAGGGCAUCCUUUGUGGUGUGGGGACAGCUGACUUCUAUGUCAGGGAUAUGCCAGCAAUCCCCAAAAACAUUCCAUCCCUCCUGGCCCAGUGGGGUGAGCCCCCAGGUGCUGGAGUCAGGGUUUCAGGCACUCCAGGCUGUUUUGGGACACAGAGAUGGAUGGGUGCCCUGAGAGGUGCUUGCACCUGGGCUGAGACCCAAGGGACUGGGAGAGGUUUACAUGGGAUGGAGUGGGGAAAAAAUGGUCUGUGGGUGCCUUUUCCCUUGAAGACUUCUUCAGGGCUGUCUGGCACCAAUGUGACCCUGAUUUUUCUGGCACAUCUCUUCAGUGGUGCCUGGCUGCAGGGUGCUGGUACAGCUCCUUGCUCCCAGCCUUUCUCAUGCCCUGCAUUCCCAGCCCUUUGAGGGCAAGGGAAGGAGCAUGGCUGCUCCCUCCAGAGCUGGAGUCUGUGGGGGGAAAAUACGGGACAAAGGGAUCUCCAGACUGCCUGUUGUGCCAAGGCUCCGUGACUGUGUCGCAUGAAUAUGCUCCCCUCUCCCGUCUCUGACCAGCAUGUGGUGGGUGCCAAUCUCCUCUUCCUCUGCCCACUGUGGUCACCUGUACUUGUGGGGAAUGUGGGGAGCCCUCCUCCAUCCCUGCCCUGCAUGGGCUGAGCCUCACUGAGAAUUAAAAAAAACCAUUGGCCUGC